UAUACAGUUGAAAAUAAAAGGAGUGUUCGUUCACAGUUCCUUACUUGCAUUAAGCCUUACAAGGGAGAAGUUGCAGCGAAGUUAACAAAAUGAAGUCAAUUGUGUUUUUAUUUGCCAUCUUGGCAGUAGCUAUGGCUAUGGAAAAAAGGCAUUUAUUUGAGAAAUGCGCUGCAAACGCUGACUGUGGUGAAGGCAGAUGCUGCAUUAACAUGAAAGUGCACAAAUUCUGCGCUGACCAACUUGAUGAGGGAGCAUUGUGCACCAUCAGGAGCAAACUCUCAUGUGGAUGCAAAAAGGAUUUGGUCUGCAAGGGCAACUUCUUCUUAAAGAGAUGCGUCAAAGAUGAUUCUGGAAGCGGUGAUUUCUAUUAAACUCAUCGACAAAAUAAUUUCAAAUUCAUUACUAUACAAUCAUAACUUUCUUUCAAUUAUAUCUUGCACACUGUAACAUCAAAUACUAUCUCCCUUAAAUUCAAUUGAUUCAAGAUUGUGUCUGUUUCAGUAA